GUUUUUAUUACCGUAACCUUCGUUAAGGCUCCACAGACGUACGGGUUGAUGUCGUUUGCCCUCCUAAAAAAGGCCUUCGGUAUUGGAAAAGCAAUCGACGACCGAGAGUUUGACGAGUUUCUUAAGGCAGUUGACAUAAAUGAUGUACAUGUCGGGCAAUUGAGUAAAUUAUUGAGAAAAAAAGCAGUCCGGUUGUUUGUCCUAAAAAAUGAAGACUCAGGUGUCAUAUUUGAUUCUUCAGCACAAAAGGAUCCUGUGAAAUCUACUCCAACCAUUAAUGUUGGUCGUCAACAAUUGAAUCUUAGUGACAUGGCGUUUGGGUCUUAUUCACUGAAUAACAGAAAACCGCUCUUGCAUUCAAUGAAAAUUCAUGAUAUGAGGUGAGUUCAACCCCUAACUAAUGACAACGUGUAGUUCUAUUGGACAGGUUCUGUUUACUCGAGUUUUUCAUGAAUUUGAUGAGUGGCGAAAGCUGUAUCCGAAAAGUGAACACAACCAGGGGAUCAAGCAAGAAACGUGUGUUGGAAAUCCUGAGUUGUUAAAGAAACACAACUUAAGGAGUUACAAAACCUUGGCAGUUUGCCUGCUUAUCAAUUUGGAUUGGUGUUCACCUACUAGUGGGUCGUGUCCCAACAAAGCAUGUUCACAAAAGUCACAUAGCCGUCGGAAUUUCUAUCAUCUGUUCAACACUGAUGUUUCCCACCACAACCAACUAGUUCCUCAGUCGUCCAUGGAUACUAGCUUGAAGAUAUCGGCCUUUACUGCGAGACGUUUCUACAAUAUGCUCUUUGAACACUGGGUCCAGCUGAGCCUAAUAAUAGAGACAUUGUCGAAUGAAUGUGCAAUAGCCGUAUGCAACAAUGCUAAGAGCUACUGGGGCACGCACAAACUUGUUCCAGAGACACACUGUGCAGAAACCAUUGCAAAAGCUUUCAGCAACUUUCUGAAUUGUUUCCGAGAUCUAUGUCUGCCAAAAUUAUAUUUUCCGAUUUGGCCUACGUUAAAUGUCAUAUUAUCUACCGAUUUUGAUUCAUUAUCACCCUGCUCUGAUCGAUCACGAGCUGAUUGUGUUGCUUAUUGGCUUAAUAUGGACCCUAGUUAUUCUCAGUCUAUGAUUGUCGAUUCUAACCAAGUUUCCAAAGAUAGUCUACUCGAUGUGUUUGUGAGAUCCUGUCUGGCACCUUUAAUUAUUAAAGGUAAUAGUAAAGAACAUCGUAGCUUUCUUGCUCGGUUGAUUACUGGUAUUCUUAUGUUCCAUACUGGUUGGAUUGAUGGUUCAGGAUCACGUUCAAAUCCGGGGGUCAGUUGUGGGAAUUCGUCAGUAUCGAGUAACCAAAAUGUUCCCGUCAGUUUAUUGGAUCAGUUACUUACACAAACAGGUUUCAAAACCAUAGGAACAGAUUCAGUAUCAUUCGGAAGUAUAUUUAACUGCACUGUAAUUUCUGGCCAGUCUCGUGCCUAUUUAAUGGCCCUUCUUCACUUUGCUACAUAUUUCUUGAGAUUCAUGUGCUUGAUUCACACACAGGAAUGCCUCCCAGAACUUGGACCAGCUGAUCUGUUUGAACUAGAACAACAGAAACGGCGGACUCGUUUAGGUGCUAAAUCACGUCGUAAAUCUGGAUCGGCAACCAGUAGUAACUCAACUGGUCACAGUGGUGAUGCACAUGAUUCUGGUAUCAGUUCUCAGGAAGAUUUGACUUCUACAUUUUAUUCAGCGAGCACUGGAUCUUCUCCUACACACGUUUCUGGUAUGGCGUUGUGUAUGACACAUCGACUAACUCGUGACCAAUGUCGAAUGGCUGAAGUAGCUGCUCACUUUAUGGUUACUCGAGAGGCUGCUGCAGCAGCGGCGGCGGCAGCAGCGUCCGGUCCAAUUAAUUCUCAAACUUCUGUUAGCACAACACGUUCAACUGAUACCUCGUCUGGAUUAGUAGAUGGUAGCAGUGCUGCUAGUAAACCAUGUCCAUCUAAUAACUCACCUCGUUCUUAUCGAUCUCGGUAUACUGAAGUUCCUUUGCUGAUAGAAAAAUUUUUUGAUGGUGAUGAAGAGUUGUGUAGUUGUUUACCGUCUGAAGUUAUUCCGGGCUUAGGUAAUCAUCCUAGUUCCUUGACGUUACCACUCGGAAGAAGCAGCAGUCCAACUUCACCGUGUAAUACUUUAGAUAAUUUUAAAACUCAUUGUUUACCAAUCUAUCCACAGUCUGCAGACCGUUCAUCAAAGCAUUUCUGUUCACCACAGUCACGUGAUCAUGAGGUUCCAUUUUCAUCGUCAUCAAGAGUAGGGGAUGGAUCUAAUGUCUUUAAUAUUGAUAAUAUGUCACCAUCGUCAUCGAUUUAUCAUACCGACGAAGAAAUACCACAUGCUGUCAAUCCAGUUCAUCAUUCUCCAUUGCCAACACUUGCAAAUCAUUCACUAAUCUCCGGUACUGUUACUGAUAUAUACCAUAGUGGUCAUGUGUUACAAGCGACUGUUGAACACCCUGAAAGUUUCAAAUCACGUUUAGAAGAAAAUUUACUUCAGUGGAUUACUUAUGGUCCAGUUAUUAUAAACGAUUUAAAUGACUUGUCGGUCUAUAGUAAUAACUCCAAUAAUAAUACUAGACCAGAGGACUCAUUAUUAUUAUCCACCCAAUCAAAUCCAUUAAUUAAAUCUAGUCUUUUAUAUCCGAAAUCAAGAGAUCGUCAAUUGAAACCACUUAAAUGGUCUGCUACAAGUUUAUUGAUUAAUUGCGAUGCUAAGAGUGUCGAGGCCCUAACGCUUAUUCAGUCCAAAUCUACAGAUUCAAUUUCAAGCAAGGAAUCAGAUGAUGCAAAUCUGAAAUUAAGUCACCAUAGUACUAUUAGCGCUGGAAGUAGUAGUGGUACACACGUUGGUCGAGAUCGUGUAAAAGUAAGGUUGGAUGAGACAGAACCCUUUGAACAACAAUCGGUUCUAAUUACACCACAGUGUAAACUUGGGUCAAGUAUUACUCGGCGUAUUAUACCAAUUAAACCUGCUCCUUUGGUAUUUCGUCUUAUUGAACAAAUCCAUUUGGUGUUAGAUGCAACAAACUGUUCACUGAUGACUCUGAAACAUCUGGAGGGUAAUCUUCAAUUGAUUUAUCUUAAAAGUUCAAUACUGACAAAUUUGUUAGUUAAAGAAGGCUCAAAUACGCUUCAUCGAUUGGAUCGGAUGACUAUUGCUGCAGGUUGCUUGCCAGAAGAUCUACCUUUAUUGCUGUCCAUUGCAUCAUCUUGUUCUGCACAAGUUGCGAAUAUCUUACAUUCUAGUCAUUUCGACUGGUUUAAUUUAGGAUGAUGCACUUCAUAAUAAACUUUUCUUGAGUCAUUAAUCACAAUUGAUUAUCACUUAUUCAGUUUUCCUUCAGUAUAAAAUAUCAUUAAUCAGGAAUCGUUAAUUUUGUAAUCAUGUUACGGUCAUAUAAUUUGAUUCUCUAUAUUAAAAACAUGCUCUAACAUGAUUGACAAAUUUUUAGAUGCCCAUCAUUCUUUUUAAUUGGUCAUUUAAUUAUGUUGUGUAAAUUAUUAAGUUUGCAUUAUUACUUCUUUUUGUUGAUAGCACUCCCUUGUACAGAUCCCUUUUUUCCUUUAUUAAUUCAUUAUUGUGAAUUUGUCUGUUUUUGAUGGAAGAAUAAUGUUUACAUAUACGUGUGUGUGUGUGCCUUUGUCUGAGCAUAAUUCAGAUUUUCUACAGAAAAGUUCAAAAAUCGAUUAUUAUUAAAAAUCUGUACUUAAAUACUCCAGAAAUUACGAACAAUGUGUUGGGAAAUUUCACUGUAAUAAAUGUUAUGUAAAGCGGGAAAAAGAAAAACAAGAUUCUCCGACAGAACAAAGCAAGCAACAAUCGAAUCAUACUUGACAGAGAUUUGGAAGAUGUAAAAAUAUUUACAUAUCUGGGCAGCAUCAUUGAUGAACUCGGUGGGUCUGAUGCAGAUAUGACGGCGCGGGUCGGCAAAGUAAAAGCAGAAUAUUUACAAAUGAAGAACGUCUGGAACUCUGAACAACUGUCUGUCGACCAAUACCAAGGUCAGAAAUUUCAAUACAAAUGUCAAAACAGUUCUACUAUAUGGGGCAGAAAACUGGAGAACUGCCAAAGCCAUCAUCCAUAAGAUACAACUGUUUAUUCGCAGUUGUCUACGCAAAAUACAUCGCAUCCGCAAGCCAGACACUAUCAGUAACAACCUACUGUAGGAUAGAACAGACUAAAUCCCAAUCGAUGUUCACCGGCUACCAUGGGACGGCAUCUCCUUAAGUUGCUUCACUGCUAUAUGAAUCAGAUUUUUAAGUUGAAGACUCGAAGUGUGCGCCCCAAGAAAAACACCCGCCUCGGUUUGGGCACCCAAACAAUAUGACAGCCCACACACAAAACAAGUGAAUCGUGUGUCACAUGUAUUUGGGGCAGAUUUGUAUCAAAAUUUGUGUUCAAAUAAAUAUGUUGAACGAACUCAUGUAACACAAAGCAACUACUGUUUUAUGCUGCCUUCAUAGAAAUUAUUAUUAUCUAGUAAUAAGUCUGGAAGUCCAAAGAAAAUUUGACGUAAAAGCCGAUGGAAAUGGAAUUAAAAAUUUGUUUCGAUACAGAACUCACCACUAUACACCCUAUCUAGGUAAGAAGUUUGCUAAUCGCAUUAUUGCAUAAUACUACUAGUGAGGUUUGGCAAUCCUUCCUUACAUAUAUACAUAUAAUAGGAAAUAACAGCUUUCUAUUUUGAAUUAAGCACGUAACAAUCGUACUAUACCUGUUUGCCGUGAACAUACCAGACUGUGCCUAAAGGAACACUGACGAGUUCAGAUUGGAAAGUCAGUCACCCAACCACAUUCGAGUUACCUGGGCUUAGAUACUGACAAACAAAUAACAGGAAAUAAAAGCACGUGCCAUUAUGGAGUCGAGUGCUGGAUUUAUGUACAUCACAGUCGAGUAACAGGAAAGGUGACGUACGUAACAUAAAAUUCAUCAUCCAGUGAGGACUUAAGAAAUAAUCGUAAAUAAACAAGGAUUAAAUCAUAGGGAAAUUAAGUACAGCACGUGAUGUAAUCUCAUUAUCUUCAAUAUGUAUAUCGUCGAUAAUAUCCGAUCAUUAAUCCUGAUAACUGAAUACAUAGGUUAAAUACAGUCUGUCCGUAGCAGCCGGUAACAGUAAAUCUGUUAAUAGCUCCAAAUAGAACUAUUCCCAUCUGUGGCAAUAAAGAAUAUCACUUUGACUAAACCGCUACUUGGGACUAGUUUUGUUAUCCAAUAAUGUACAUGAAGAACAUACACGACUAGUGGAUAGUGUUGAAUUGGUAGCGUUACCCAUACAUCUUAAAACACCGAAAAACGGUAAGACGACAAUAGAGAAAACCCACACAACACAU